AUGUCAUCGAAGCGUCAGUUGUUGAAGAUCAUUAUUCUUGGCGACAGUGGGGUCGGUAAGACGUCGCUUAUGCAUCAGUAUGUGAAUAAAAAAUUUGACAGCCGUUACAAGGCCACCAUUGGUGCCGACUUUCUUACGAAGGACUUGGAGUUGAACGGGCAAUUGGUGACGCUGCAGAUUUGGGACACUGCCGGCCAGGAACGGUUCCAGUCGCUCGGCUCCGCAUUUUAUCGCGGCGCGGAUGCCUGCAUCCUCGUCUUUGAUGUCACACAACAGGAGUCCUUCUCCCACAUAAGCUCCUGGUUGGAGGAGUUCAACAUUCAGGCGGGUAAGAGGGACAGCGUGCUGAUUGGCAACAAGACAGACCUUGCGGAUCGUCGGCAGGUGGCAAGCAAGACGGCACAGGCGUGGUGUGCGGCGCAGAGUGGAGAAACUGCUGCUGCUUCCGGCGGUAGUAGCAUCACCGCCAGUGGUUCGGGGGGAUGUUGCAUGCGGUACUUUGAGACGUCCGCAAAGGAGAAUACAGGGGUGGAGGAGGCAUUUAUAGCUAUUGCCACUGCCGCCCUGGCACAACGAGCCACUGUGGAUGAGGAUGUAGUGCUGCCGCAGUCUGUCAACCUCAGCCAACCCGCACCACGGGAGAAAAAGCAGGACUGCCUUUGUUAA